AUGAGCCCUUUCUCCUCAGAGGCAGCUUGGCUCUGCCUGGCUGUCACGGCGGCCCUGGGAGGACUAGUCCUUUGCAAACUCAAUAAGAGCCCAGGGCCGGUGGGGAAAAAAGUGGCCUGCCUGGGGGGCCUCUGGGGAGGGGCUUGCCUGCUCAGCCUGCCUCUCUUCUGGGCCUUAAUACUCUUCUCUCUGUCCUGUGUCCUCUUGUAUAUUCACUUAUCUGGCCAAGAGUUGCUACCUGUGGACCAAAAGGCUGUGCUAAUCACAGGUGGUGAUACUGGGAUUGGCCAUGCUUUGUCCAAGUAUCUGGACCAGCUGGGCUUCACCGUGUUUGCCGGAGUUCUGAAUGAAAAUGGAUCAGGAGCAGAAGAAUUGCGAAGGACUUGCUCCAAGCGCUUCUCCGUGCUCCAGCUGGAUGUCACCAACUCACAGCAGAUAAAAGAGGCCUACAGCAAAGUGGUGCAGAAGGUGCAGAACAGAGGACUGUGGGCUGUGGUCAACAAUGCUGGGAUCCUUGGCUUACCCACUGAUGGGGAGCUCAUUCCUAUGGCCCACUACAAACGAUGCAUGGAUGUGAACUUCUUCGGGGCUGUGGAAGUCACGAAGGCAUUUUUGCCUCUUCUUAGGAAAUCGAAGGGGAGGCUGGUGAACAUCAGCAGCAUUGGAGGAGUUGUCCCACUUUUAAAGAUGGCAGCCUACGGCUCAUCCAAGGCGGCUCUGGCCAUGUUUUCAGCAGUCAUGCGACAAGAGCUUUCCAAGUGGGAAGUUAAAGUCUCUACCAUCCAUCCUGGAGGCUUCAAAACAAAUAUUGUAGGCACGAGUGAACUGCAGGACAAACUGGAGAAAGACAUCCUGGACCACCUCACCCCUGAUGUGCAGGAGGACUACGGCCAGGAAUACAUCCUUGCGCAAAAGAAGUUUUUCAACCUGAUCAAUUACCAGAGCUCUGACCUGUCUCCUGUGCUCCAGGACAUCCGGCACGCCAUCUCAGCUAAGAGCCCCUUUACCUUUUACACACCGGGGCCAGGGGCUUACCUGUGGUUCUGCUUAGUUUCCUUUAGCCCGACUGGCAUAUUUGAUUAUUUUAACAAAAAGAUUCAUAGCUUUCAUAACGGCAUGCUUAGAAUAUGUACGGUGCCUCACUGGAAGAAUUAGACCAUGAAGGCACAUGAGUGAGAAACGUUCUCA